GAAAAUGGAUUCCUUCAUUGUUAUGGUAUUAGCAAGAAUCCAGAGACAAAUGAAUUUAUAAUCGUACUAGAUUAUGCACAAGGUGGGGAUUUACGAAAAUUUUUAAUAAAAAAUCAUAAAACUUUAAAAUGGGAAGAUAGAUUACAAUUUGCAAUGAGUAUAGCAAAAGAUUUAAAGGUAAUCCAUGAAGCUGAUCGCUGCAUACCCGUACAAUGGCUACAAUCACUUGAACAAUCACCUGAAUGUUGUCCGGUUGCGCGAUUUUGCAAUGAUUUUUUAGUGAGCAUAGAUCUGGUCGAUGAGAAUAACAUAUUUAUAUUGAAUCUUUGGCCAAAGAACGCACUUUAUAAUUUUUACAAUCUUGUACAAUCGCGCAAUCGGACUACAAUCAGGUGA